UGGGUCCGUAAAUUUGGUCGAUGACCCGGUGAUCUAUUAUAAAUAAGGUCUGCUGCGAGGCUUAGGGUUUCUCGGCCGCCAUUGAAGAGUAGGGUUUCGCAAUCGUUUUGUUGGAGCGGCAACCAUGGUCACCGCGAAGAAGACUAAGAAGACUCAUGAGAGCAUCAACAAUCGGCUCGCUCUCGUUAUGAAGAGCGGGAAGUACACCCUUGGAUAUAAGACCGUUCUCAAAUCUCUAAGGAGCUCCAAAGGGAAGCUAAUCAUCAUUGCAAAUAACUGCCCUCCUCUUAGAAAAUCAGAGAUAGAGUACUACGCAAUGUUGUCGAAAGUUGGAGUGCAUCACUUUAAUGGAAACAACGUUGAUCUGGGUACUGCUUGCGGAAAAUACUUCCGUGUCUGCUGCCUCAGUAUUAUUGACCCAGGGGAUUCUGAUAUUAUCAAGAGCAUACCUGGUGAUCAGUGAGGAGAAUCCUAGGGGAGUAGCGUGUAACUCCUUUCUUAUGUUCACAUAUUUGGUCUGUUUUAGUAUCAGGUUUUUUAUUUCCCCUUUCUAGUUUUGGGAAGUCAAAUUUUGAUGGGUCUUAGCUAUUGCAAAGACAUGUUUCAGAGAUAGAAAAUCAAGUUAAGACA